GGCUGAUCCCCUCAACUGGAACGGCCGAAAGGCCGGCGUGUGGGCAGGGAUGCACCGCCGCGGGGUGGGCGCCGGCGCCAUUGCCAAGAAGAAGCUGGCCGAGGCCAAAUAUAAGGAACGGGGCACUGUUCUGGCCGAGGACCAGCUGGCCCAGAUGUCAAAGCAGCUGGACAUGUUCAAGACCAACUUGGAAGAAUUUGCCAGCAAACACAAGCAAGAAAUCCGGAAGAAUCCUCAGUUCCGAUUGCAGUUCCAGGACAUGUGUGCCACCAUUGGGGUUGAUCCUUUGGCCUCUGGAAAAGGAUUUUGGUCUGAAAUGUUGGGUGUUGGAGACUUUUAUUAUGAGCUGGGUGUUCAGAUUAUUGAAGUGUGUUUGGCACUAAAGCAUCGGAAUGGAGGUCUGAUCACUUUGGAGGAGCUACACCAGCAGGUGUUGAAGGGAAGGGGCAAGUUUGCUCAGGAUGUCAGCCAAGAUGACCUUAUCCGAGCCAUCAAGAAACUGAAAGCUCUGGGCACUGGCUUCAGCAUCAUUCCUGUGGGAGGCACUUACCUGGUCCAGUCAGUCCCUGCUGAACUCAACAUGGAUCAUACUGUGGUACUGCAGCUGGCAGAGAAAAAUGGUUACGUGACAGUCAGUGAAAUCAAAGCAAGUCUCAAAUGGGAGACUGAGAGAGCUCGGCAAGUGCUGGAGCACCUACUGAAAGAAGGAUUGGCUUGGCUGGACCUGCAGGCUCCAGGGGAGGCACACUACUGGCUGCCAGCUCUCUUCACAGACCUAUACUCCCAGGAGAUCACAGCUGAGGAAGCCAGGGAGGCCCUCCCCUGACUCUUGGGGGAACAAAACAGUGGGGAGAAUGGAAAGAGGGCAAGAAUCUACCAAGAGAGCCUGAACAAUAAACAUUUUUAUAAGGAAAA